CGGUAUUGCUCGAGGGGAGGAAGGGCUAGAUGCGGGAACAUUUCGUAUUUCCUCCCAAACGUCACUUCCGGCCGCCAUUUUGUGGCUGAGCCGGGUGAAGUCUGGAAGCGAUUGGGGCUCGGUGGUUUCGAGUCAGGUCUCCCCUGCUGUCGCCAUGACGGAUCGUUACACCAUCCACAGCCAGCUGGAGCACCUGCAGUCUAAGUACAUCGGCACGGGCCACGCGGACACCACCAAGUGGGAGUGGCUGGUGAACCAGCACCGCGACUCGUACUGCUCCUACAUGGGCCACUUCGACCUGCUCAACUACUUCGCCAUCGCCGAGAACGAGAGCAAGGCGCGCGUGCGCUUCAACCUCAUGGAGAAGAUGCUGCAGCCCUGCGGCCCGCCCGCCGACAAGCCCGAGGAGUCCUAGCACCGCCCCUCCCUCCGCCUGCCAGGGGACCCCUGCCCGCCCGCCAGCCAAAAACGUUUGGACCCGGCCCGAUUUCCUCAGAACUCGCCCGACCUCAGGGGAGCGAAGCCGGGAUGGACUCGGGGCGGGGGCGGGAGCGGCUCUCGGGAGGAGUGAGACGAAGUUGCCUCGCCGCCGCCGGGGGUGGGAGCUUGGGCUGGCCGCGCUGGACCUUGUUAACCCUUCCCCGCUGUCGAUCACGACCUAGCCCGGCAAACGCAUUGAUCCGUCGCCCCGCCUCCAGCCGUGCCCUGUGAGGGACCCGGGACCCCCGCUUCCCGAUAUGGGGCCUAACUACGAGGAAAGCACGUGUCGUCGGGCUCAGCCACUGUGUGGCCCGCUGCUCCUGAGAGGACUUGACCUGGGCUGGAGGGACUUAGCCGUUAGGCCUUUCCUGUGGGGUAGCACUGUUUGCUGUCCUACGCCAUCCUUUGUUUAGCUGUACGGGUUUGUUUUUUUUAAAUAUGUGAAAUAAAAAUGCUUUGAGUGCUUUCA